UAAUGUUUGUCUUUAAACUGUGUUUCCUUUUAAACACUAAGUUGUUGUGGUUGUGAAGCUCGCAAGACUCCAGUUAUCCUUUGUGAUUUUUCUACACUCCUGAUAUCUACUUACUCCGCUACUGGACCUGACUCUUACACCGACUCUACAGCAGUGAGGAUGAACUUCGAAGAAGAAACCGCGCUUCAGCAGCACCAGGAUGUGGAGCCCGAGCCCGGAUGGAGCGGACUGGACGACCCCUGGAACGGGACACAGAGGGAGACGUUUGUGUUUCCGGAGGAUGAGGACGAUGAAAACUGGCCUGUGCUAUGCCUCUCUCCUGUUUGGAUGCCAACACCUGUGGGGAGCCCAUUCCCACCUAUGAGAGGUCUCUCUCCUUUAUGCACCCCACCACCUGUGAGGAGUCCAUCCCCACCUAUGAGAGGUCUCUCUCCUUUAUGCACCCUACCACCUGUGAGGAGUCCAUCCCCACCUAUGAGAGGUCUCUCUCCUUUAUGCACCCUACCACCUGUGAGGAGCCCAUCCCCACCUAUGAGAGGUCUCUCUCCUUUAUGCACCCCACCACCUCUGAGGAGUCCAUCCCCACCUAUGAGAGGCCUCUCUCCUGUAUGGACCCCACCACCUGUGAGGAGUCCAUCCCCACCUAUGAGAGGCCUCUCUCCAUUAUGCACCCCACCACCUGUGAGGAUCCCAUCCCCACCGAUGAGAGGCCUCUCUCCUUUAUUGACCCCACCACCUGUGAGGAUCCCAUCCCCACCUAUGAGAGGCCUCUCUCCUUUAUGCACCCCACCACCUGUGAGGAUCCCAUCCCCACCGAUGAGAGGUCUCUCUCCUUUAUGGACUCUACCACCUGUGAGGAUCCCAUCCCCACCUAUGAGAGGUCUCCCUCCUUUAUUGACCCCACCACCUGUGGGGAGCCCAUCCCCACCUAUGAGAGGCCUCUCUCCUGUAUGGAUCCCACCACCUGUGGGGAGCCUUUCUCCUAUGUGGAUCCCACCACCUGUAUGGAUCCCACCACCUGUGGGGAGCCCAUCCCAACCUAUGAGAGGCCUCUCUCCUUUAUGGAUCCCACCACCUGUAUGGAUCCCACCACCUGUGGGGACCCCAUCCCAACCUAUGAGAGGCCUCUCUCCUUUAUGGAUCCCACCACCUGUGGGGAGCACAUCCCAACCUAUGAGAGGCCUCUCUCCUGUAUGGAGGAGACCAUCCCCUCGCACUAACCCUUCCUCUGUGAUGAGUACAUACCCACUAACGCUACCAUCCCCAUUGAGGAGGCCAUCACCUUCAGGGAAUCCACAACGUUCCACAGUUCCUCUGCCCCAGCCUCAUGUCCAGAUUAACCCGCACCACAUCGUGGCUGGUCAGCUGUAUGUUCCUGUCCCAUGCCAGGGCAUAAGGAGGAGGAGGGACGAAGAGGACGGCAAUGAAGAAGCCCCUCCGAGUAGACGGCAGCAUGUGGAUCAGGAUGGGUAGCUGGAUUUCAUCAGGAGGAUCGUCCGAUUCCCCGUUCACUGGGUUUCUGUUUUCAUGGGAGAGCUGUAAGUUCCAAAGCUUAGUCAUCACCUCAUGUUCAUCACCUCAUAUCCAUGAUGUAUGGUAAGUAUCUGUGGUAAGUAUGUAUGGUAAGUAUUUUACCCCUAGAUUUCAGCAUUAGUCUUUUUUUAAUAAUUAAAAAAUUAAUUAAUUAUUUCAGCCUUUUAAACACGUGGGGUGGCGAGAAUCCGCUUGAUACCUUCUCGUCUGUUUCCCAAAAUUUUCAGUAGACCCAAGAGCCCAGUGUUCAUGCUCAGGCCUCUUCUGUAGUUUUUUUAAGAACAGCUCUUAUGAGCUCAUAGCCCAUAGUUCGUAGCUACAUCAUUCGGUCACGUUAUGAAUCUCGGUGUGAUUGCGCAGGCAUCCAGAGGAUUCUUACCACCAUCUCUAGCAUACUCUCUAAAUGUAAAUCAUUUUAAUGAUAUAAUUUUGCUAUGAUUAAAGUAGUUAUCGCAUCUAGUUAAAAAUGUGAGUCUGUUGUUUCUUUUGUAUUUUGC